AUGCCUCCUAUACGACGGAGCAAUCUAGGUAGAAUAACCCGAAAUGCUACCAACCAAGCUAAUUACCGAUCUAACCAAAGUCCUCAAGAACGUGACGACCGAAAUGAACGUGAAAGAAUUCGGAUAUCACAAACGCGUGAAGCGCGAACGCGAAAUUCAACUAAUAAUCGCGCAAGUUUGAAUCGAGCUGCUUUCAGUUACGAUGUGUCAAUUGACUACAGUAACUACCAGUGUGUUGUUAUUGGUUCUAUGAACUCGGUUUGCUCACACUGUAAGGCAUUAAAAUACAAAAACGAAGCCAAUGGAUUGUGUUGCGCAAAUGGUAAAGUGAAAUUGAUACCAUUGGAUCCACCACCAGAACCAUUGUACUCAUUGGUUUCAGGAAUAGGAACAGAUUCUAUACACUUUUUGACAAAUAUCCAACAAUACAACAAUUGCUUUCAAAUGACUUUAUUUGGGGCAACAAAUGUAGUUCGGGAAAAUUUUAUGCCAACUUUCAAGAUACAAGGGCAAAUAUAUCACAGAGCAGGUUCACUGUUACCAGUGUCAGAUAGUGACAACAAAUUCCUGCAAAUUUAUUUUAUGGGCAAUUCACCACAAGAAAUUGAUCUGCGUUGUGCACAUAACAAUUUAGUAAAGAGAGCUGAUAAAACACCUGCAGGUCAACAUACAAGACGUUUUAAUGCACCAACUAUUGAUGAAGUUGCUAUCGUUGUAGUUGGAGAAAACUUGGAAUCCCGUGAUAUUGUUUUAUGUCGUUGGAAUGAUCAAUUACAACGUUCUGAAACCAACAAAAAAGUCAGUUCAAUGAACUAUUAUUCAUACCGCCUAAUGAUUCGGGAAAAUGAAGAUAAUCACAUAUUGAAAUGUCGGCGAUUAUAUCACAAAUAUGUUGUUGACAUGUAUGUUAAAAUUGAAACGGAGCGAUUAACAUUCAUCAGGUUGAAUCAAACCAAAUUCCGAUCUGAAGAGUAUAUUCACCUUCGAGAUGCGAUUAAUACUGAUGGAAAUGCACAGAAUGUCGGUCGGAUGACUAUUCUUCCAGCAACACACAUCGGAAGCCCUCGGCAUAUGCACGAAUAUGCUCAAGAUGCCAUGUCGUAUGUUCGUCAUUAUGGUACAGCAGAUUUGUUCAUCACAUUUACAUGCAAUCCGCAAUGGAUAGAAAUCAAUCAGGAGUUAUUCUCUGGGCAAUCACCCAUUGAUCGUCAUGAUAUUACAGCCAGAGUCUUUAGACAAAAGUUGAAAUCUUUAAUGGAUUUCAUCGUAAAACAUAAUGUGUUUGGUGAUACACGCUGCUGGAUGUAUUCUGUGGAGUGGCAGAAACGAGGAUUGCCACAUGCACACAUUUUGAUUUGGUUGGUUGAAAAUAUAAGGCCAAAUGAAGUUGAUGCAGUGAUAUCAGCUGAAAUCCCUAAUGUACAAGUAGAUCCUGGAUUGCAUGAGGUAGUUAUCAAAAACAUGAUACAUGGUCCCUGUGGAACUCUUAAUCAAAAUUCACCGUGUAUGAUGGAUGGUAAAUGUUCAAAACGAUAUCCACGGACAUUAAUAUCGGAAACAAUUACUGGUAAUGACGGUUAUCUAUUAUAUCGUCGCAGAUCGACAGCAGACAAUGGAAAAUCAACAAUUGUCAAAUUAAAUCAACAAGAUAUUGAAAUAGAUAAUCGUUGGAUUGUUCCAUAUUCACCCAUUUUAUCAAAGACAUUCAAAGAACACAUCAACGUUGAAUCUUGCCAUUCAGUGAAAUCUAUUAAAUACAUUUGCAAAUAUGUAACCAAAGGGAGUGAUAUGGCUGUGAUUGGAGUUGGUGCAGAGAAUUCCAAUGAUGAAGUUACCCAAUACCAAAUGGGCCGCUAUGUCAGUAGUAAUGAAGCAGUUUGGCGAAUAUUUUCUUUUCCUAUUCAUGAGAGACACCCUUCUGUUGUUCACUUAGCUGUGCAUUUAGAAAAUGGACAAAGAGUGUAUUUUACAGCACAGAACGCAGUACACAGAGCUGCUCAGCCACCAUCUACUACAUUAACCAGUUUUUUUGAGACAUGCCAAAACGAUGAUUUCGCACAAACAUUGCUAUAUUCUGAAAUGCCAAAAUAUUAUACCUGGAAUCAAUCCUCAAGGAGAUUUAUACGACGGAAACAAGGAAAACCAGUUCCAGGAUAUACAGAUGUAUAUUCCACCGAUGCGAUUGGCCGGAUUUAUUCAGUACAUCCAAGCAAUGAUGAAUGUUUUUACUUACGACUGCUAUUAGUCAAUGUACGUGGCCCAACAUCAUUCCAACAGUUACGAACUGUUGAUGGUGAAUUGUGUGUAUCCUACAGAGAAGCCUGUCAACGUUUGCAAUUGCUUGAAAAUGACGCUCAUUGGGAUCAAACUCUCAAUGAUGCUGUAAUAUCAUCACACGCUCAUCAAAUACGAACAUUGUUUUCUAUAAUCAUAUCUACAUGCUUCCCAUCAAACCCAAUUUAUUUGUGGAUCAAGUACAAAGAUUAUAUGUGUGAUGAUAUUUUGUAUCAAAUACAGAAUAGAAUGGGAAAUCCAAAUAUACAAAUCAGUGAAGAAAUUUACAAUGAAGCAUUGAUUUCAAUUGAGGACAUGUGA